AUGCGUCCCGGCGCUGCGCUCCGCUGGCUGCUGCUGCCUGCGCUGCUGGGGCCCGCGGCCCGCGCCUGGGAGCUCACCAUCCUGCACACCAACGACGUGCACAGCCGCCUGGAGCAGACCAGCGAGAACUCCGCCAAGUGCAGCAACGCCAGCAAGUGCGUGGGCGGCGUGGCCAGGCUCUUCACCAAGGUGCAGCAGAUCCGCCGCGCUGAGCCCAACGUGCUGCUGCUGGACGCCGGCGACCAGUACCAGGGCACCAUCUGGUUCACCGUGUACAAAGGCGCCGAAGUGGCAUACUUCAUGAACCGCCUACGCUACGAUGCCAUGGCACUGGGAAACCAUGAAUUUGACAACGGUGUGAAAGGACUGAUUGAUCCACUCCUCAAACAGGCCAAGUUUCCGAUUCUGAGUGCAAACAUGAAGGCAAAGGGGUCACUAGCUUCCCAAAUAGCAGGACUUUAUUUGCCACAUAAGAUUCUUGCUGUUGGUGGUGAAUCUGUGGGAAUUGUUGGAUAUACUUCAAAAGAAACCCCUAUACUCUCAACUCCAGGACCAGAUUUAAUAUUUGAAGAUGAAAUUACUGCAUUGCAACCUGAAGUAGACAAACUAAAAGCUCAGAAUGUGAACAAGAUUAUUGCCCUGGGACACUCUGGUUUUGAAAUGGAUAAACUCAUCGCUCAGAAAGUGAAGGGUGUGGACAUCGUGGUAGGAGGACACUCCAACACCUUUCUCUAUACAGGCAAUCCACCCUCCACAGAGAAGCCUGAAGGGAAGUACCCAUUCAUAGUCACCUCUGAUGAUGGGCGGAAGGUUCCUGUAGUCCAGGCCUACGCUUUUGGCAAAUACCUGGGCUACUUGAAGGUCGAGUUCGAUGAGAAAGGGAAUGUCAUCACUUCGCACGGAAAUCCCAUUCUUCUCAACAGCAGCAUUCCUGAAGAUCUGAGCAUCAAAGCAGAUAUCGACCAAUGGAGGAGAAAGCUAGAUAACUACUCUAGGCAGGAAUUGGGGAAAACCAUCGUCUACCUGGAUGGCUCCACCCAGUCAUGCCGCUUUAGAGAGUGCAACAUGGGUAACCUGAUCUGUGAUGCCAUGAUUAAUAACAACCUUAGACACCCAGACGAUAUGUUCUGGAACCACGUAUCCAUGUGCAUUUUCAAUGGAGGAGGCAUCCGGUCACCCAUUGAUGAGCAGAACAAUGGCAUAAUUACCUGGGAGAAUCUGGCAGCCGUGUUGCCCUUCGGGGGCACAUUUGACCUGGUCCAACUAAAAGGCUCCACCUUGAAGAAGGCUUUUGAGCACAGCGUGCGUCGCUACGGCCAGUCCACAGGAGAGUUCCUGCAGGUGGGCGGAAUCCAUAUAGUCUAUGAUCUUUCCCAGAAACCCGGGAACAGAGUGGUCAAAUUAGAUGUUCUCUGCACCAAGUGCCGCGUGCCCAGUUACGAGCCUCUCAAAGUAGAUGAAGUGUAUAAAGUAGUCCUCCCCAGCUACCUGGUCACUGGAGGCGAUGGAUUCUGGAUGAUAAAAGACGAGCUAUUAAAACAUGACUCUGGUGACGAAGAUAUUAGUGUGGUUUCUCAAUACAUCUCAAAAAUGAAAGUAGUUUACCCAGCAGUUGAAGGCCGGAUCAAGUUUUCUACAGGAAGCUAUUGCCAGGGAAGCCUUCUUUUGAUAUUUCUUUCACUUUUGGCAGUGAUCCUUGUUUUGUACCAAUAGCAGAAAUUCUCCUUACCACUGAUGUGAAACUGCAUUGUUGUUGUUUGCAGUGAUAUGGAAAUCUGCCUCUUAGGACCUGGCUUUGAGACGGCGCUGGACAUCCUCAUGGGCUCCAAGAAGCGGAUGCCCAGAGCACUGUGCAAGAGAAUGAUCAGCUCUUGAGCCGGCCACUUAGUGAGCAGACAGAAAGGGAAAUUAAACAGGAAGGGAUCAUUGUGGGGAAAGCCAACUAGAUUUAGUUUACAUACCCAAAUGACAACGAAUUAGAUUAACACCUUUAAACCACAAAAAUCAGUUUAUUCCAAUUACCCAUUUCAAACCCAUCAACAACUUAAUGUUUACACAAAGCUGCACCACUGCCAGGCAGUGGCUCACACCUGUAAUCACAGCACUUGGGAGGCAGAGGCAGAGCAGAGGCAGGAGGACUACCACAAGUUCAAGGCUGGCCCAGUUUACAUAACAAGUUGCAGGAUUACCAGGUUUAUACAGUGAGACUCUGUCUCCAACAAAAAAGCUUACAAAGCUUCCGCACAGCUUCAUUCCCAGCCUUUUGCAGGGGGCAGCACCUAAGUGUUGCGUGCCCACUGUGACAGAUAAGGAAACUGAAGUUCAGCACGCUUGUUCAAGGCCAUAUGGCCAAAAGUGACAGAUUCAAGACCUGGACUUGGGCCUUUUGACCUUGAAUCCAAUAUUCUUUCCACUGCAUCAAGUCUUCUCUCUUCAUCACUGUCAACACCCAAGCUCAUGGAUAACAAGACUUGGCUUUAUUGCUGCUCUCCACAACAUUUUCCCUUUGGGCUCCUGCUGUGUUACCGAGUUGGAGUCUAAACACAGGACAGCAUUCUGUCUUGCACCACCACGUGCCUUUGAUGAGUCAGCAAACUGAAGCAAAUAGCCAGGAAGUCCAGAAGCUGCCAAAGGCAGUCAAGGGGAAGGGGUGAAAGAAGAGAAGACAUGAGCCAGGACCAGUCUGCAUUACAGAAGAGCAAGAGCUAAUGGGGGCUCAGACGCGCUCAGGAGCAGCACAGUGCAGACAGAGAGCUCUGCUUCUUGUUAGUUCUAUGCGACUCCAUAUGCCCCGCCUCUGCUCUUUCCUUCCUCCCUCCCAGCAUGAAGGUGUCAUUGGAGGAGAACCUUCUAAAAUAGACUAUAAUUCUAAUCCUGCACCGCCCCUCCCCAGGAUGUCAGCGCAGCACUCGCUCUAGUCACACCAUGAGCAUUAGAGAAAAUUCCGAGUUCUAGAAGAUUUUAAGAUGUGUUAUGCAUAGGAUGUUUAAAGUCACUGUGCCGCAAAACUUAAUCACUGUCAGUCAUUCUCAAGUCCAGCCAUGGAAGCACCAGCAAGACACAGAACCUGAAGAGAAGCUCAGGAAAUUCCCAGAUGGUUAAAAAUUUCUGUCCACAGAGCAAACAAUUACUCAAGAUGGUGCUGGGUCCAGGUGAGCUGCUCAGCCCUGCAGUAGAAAUUUAAGCAGAAACAGGAGCCUCCCCUCGAGACCCUGAGCACAGCUGCUAGAGGUGUGGGGACAGGGUGCUUGCAUCCCAAUGUUUACGGGGUUCACGGAGGUGGCAGCAAAAUGCGGCCUUCAGUUCUAUGCAUGCAGAUCCACUACACACACACACCAUGAGACUGUCCGCAACAGCAAAGAGUGCAUCAGAAGUAUAUUUUUUUUUUUGCUUGGCCAGUAAAUUGGAAGAAAUCUUAUUAGAACAUAAUUUUUUAAAGAACCUUUUUUAAAUAUGUAUGUGUGUAUAUGUAUUAUGCAGGAGUGUUCAGAAAUGGCCCUAGACCACUGCAUUUGGAGAGUCCCAAAAAUAAAACUGAACAUAUGA